AUGACGGUGUAUAAUCUCUACAUUUAUGGGAAAAAUGGAGAUAGCCUAUAUUAUCGUGAAUGGACUAAAACGAAACAAGGUGAAUGUCCGUCAAACAAUGAUUUAAAGUUGAUGCGCGGUAUGCUGAUUGGUUUAAAAGGAUUUUGUCAGAAAAUUUCACCUUUGGAUUACGAAAUAAACCGCUUCUCAUAUAUCACAAAUACAUAUCGUCUUCAUUUCUAUGAAACUCCUACACUCAUGAAAAUUGUACUUACUACUGAUAAUUCUUGUACACCGAUGCAUGAAGAACUUGAAGGAAUUUUUCAAAUUUACACUAAAUAUGUUUCACAGAAUCCACUAGUUAAGUCUGAAGAACCGAUUAAAAGUCAAGUGUUUACUGAGAAACUCGAUCAGUAUAUUCAAAGUUUACCUGUAUUUAGCAAAUAA